ACUACAAAUCCCGGCAUGCACUGCGUUGGAGGCGUCGCUGAAGAAGUGGGAGAUGAGCGGCAGUUAUGGCGUCGCUGUGGCCGGGUCGGUGACCGUGCCGGCCGGGAGUGUCCGAUCCCGGGUCGGUGACCGUGCCGGCCGGGAGUGUCCGAUCCCGGGUCGCUGUCGGCUGUAAGACGAUGUUGCGGUUUCCCAGGAGCGGUGUUUGUAGGCCGCUGCCGCCGAGCCGGGUUUUGACUUUUAAUACCCUGCUCCGUUAUUGGCAAACAUCUUGCCAGGCAAAAUCUUUGUUACCACUGUGUACAUCAAGUAUCCAGAAAAAGUUUGCUAUUUUUGGUUGGUGUUUUAAGACUUGUGCUGUCCAAUAUCUUCAAGCAACGAAGCUUCAUCUUAAAGCAUAUGAAAGAUGUGUUAUGUCACAAGUACAGAUGCAACACAGGCAAAUGUCUGUAAAUGUCCAGGAACACAGGAUGGAGCCAAAGCCCAAAUGUCCAGAUAAUGAACACUUCACCAUGAUAUAUAGGUUUCAUGGAAUAAGGUUUCUGAGAGCUGUUUCACAGCUAAAAGUACUUCAGACUGGCAUAACUGUCACACUAGUACCCACGUUUUAUUAUUUUUACUUGCAGGAACAAGUGCAAUAUGUUCUCCUUGCUUAUAUCACUGGAUUAUCAGGUUUUGCUGUAGUUAUGCUUUAUUUCAUGAGUUAUUAUUUAAGACGAUUCAUAGGAAUGCUGUAUCUAAAUGACUCUGGAACCACUCUAAAGGUUUCACAUUUGACUUUUUGGGGAAGAAGAAAUGAUUUUUAUGUUGCUGUUCAAGAUGUCAUGCCUCUUGGAGAUACAGGGGACACAGCAAAUGAAAUUAUUCUACAGUUUAAACAAUAUAAUAAAACUGAGGUUUUUUAUUUCACAAUUAAGUUUGGGCAGGUAGUUGAUAAGCAAAAAUUCCUUCAAGUAUUUGGAAGUAAUUAACUAAAUCACUUCACUCAUUAGCAUCCUGAUGAAAUUUGUAACAUUAUGUAGGACAAAUUUAACAUAUGCUUAAAUGUUGAAAUAAACCAAGACAUGGUGAAAGCAGGCACUUGACCCUAAGUAUUUAGAUCCACACUUUCCUGCAAUAUGAAUGUAUGCCCUAUUGUCAUUAUGAUUCGUGUAUUUCCUAAUUCAGUUAUUGGAGCUAACCUUUUUGAGAUACAAGCUUUCUCUCCUUACCCUGGGUGAAAUGGCCUGUUUCCACACUGGAGCGAUUCUGUGAAAAUGUCAUGUCUAUCUCUUGCAGCAGCCCAGCUGUAAGGAUAAAUAUUAGGAGCUGUAAGCAUUUGCAGUCUUGGCCUGCUUUGCCGUUAUUCUAAGGCUGUAGCAGUUGGCAAUUUUCGAUCCAAUUUCCCACUGUUCCUUUCCUCUUCUAGUAGCUUUUUCUGUUUUGAGUUGUGGUGGUGUUUCUUUUUCAAGAUAUGCUCAAUUGCCAGAGGAAGGUCUACAAGUGCCUGGAAGCAAUUGUAUCACCACAAAUACUUAAAUGACCAAAAACAGCAGAAAGCCCUGCAUGCUUACUCAGCCUUUUAUUAUGGAAAGCUCCAAUUCAAUUAUACUAGCAGCCAAAAGCAAUAACCCAAUGACUAAUAUGUAAAUCAUGAAAAAAACCCUAAAUAAUCCUAUUGGGGGCAUUAAUGACCUUUAACAUGGUGACCUGUGAGAGGUUCAGAUACACUGACAGUCUACCUCCUCCACCUGAUGCUAGCAGUCAUUCACUGUGCAUGUCCCUUUUGUCAAGAUGUCUCAUGCACUGCCCAUCAGAAGUGUGCAUGUAAAUCUCAGAUGCUGUUUUGAGCAAUAGAAGGCAGUGUAGUGACUAAAUGAACAUAAAUGUUUAAAAGCCUCGAUGAGAAAUCUUUUGGAGGUGGUUUCGUAUGUUCAUAGUCUGAGAAUUGGGGCCAGACCAUUCAGGAGAAAUGUUAAGAAGUACUUCUACACACACACUGGUUGAUGUUAGAACUCUCUUCCACAAAUGGCAGUGAAUUCUGGAUCAAUUGUUAGUUUUAAAUUUGAGAUAGACGUUUAGGGAUAUGGGGUUAGGCCACCCAUCAGCCAUGAUAUAGUGAAUGGUGGAUUAGGUUUGAGGGGCCUAGUCCUACAUUACCAAUUUUAACCCAAGACCAAAGACAGCCUGGGAAUAUGGAUUAAGUUUCCAGUAUCUUAGAACAGACAAACAGCAGAUUAAUAAAAAUCUAACUUUUUUUUUCUUUGUCCUAUGAUCAAUGAACCCAUGGCCCACUAACAAUGAAUUUCACCCAAAUGUCAGUACUGCUAUUGAACUGUUGUAAGAGUUGGCAAUAUUAUUUUAAUCAUAAUUUGUGGCUAAAACUAGUGGGAUUUUCCAGCCAGGAAAUGUGUAUGUUUAAAUAUGGAAAUCUAUUGUAUGCAGUGUACAACAGCUGCAGGAUGAUUUCAUCCAUUACUGAUUGUCUUACAAUGGUCUAUAAAACCCAAAAUUUAUAAUUAUUAGCAACAAGUAUAAAAGUUCUAAAAGGAAUGAAAACAGUGAUCGUGUUUAAAAGUUAUGUUUUGCAUUAAUAUGUUUUCAAUUGUGCAGAGUUUUAUAUAUUACAAAGUUUGGAGAAAUCCUAUCUCUGAUAUUAAGGUAAUGAAUUAGUCUGUUUGUUUUUAAAAGGCCUAAUUAAAUCAGCCUUAAGUGUUUGAAGCCUGUAAAAGAGAACACAAGCUAGCAUUGAUUGAUAACAUCACCUUUUAAAUGUACAGUGAAAAAAGCAGACCAUUUUUAGUUUAUGGCUUUUGUCAGGUGUACUUUAUUUUAAUUCUCCAAAGAAUGACUUGUAAGAAUUCACUAAACUUAAGGAACUUAAAUUGCUCUAUUGCCAAAUAAUCGGAAAAAAGGACUGACAAGCUCUGCAACAGUCAUGAGGAAUGGGGAAAUUACUGAAGCAGGUGUUGGCCAUAAGAUAUUGUCAAGAAGUGUCUUACAUUAUGGUUUGAACAAAGUAUUGGAAGCCUCAUUAAUCAACUGCAGGUUUUUUGUAGGAUGAUAUGAUUUUGUCAGUAAAACAUCCUUCCCAAAUUAGAAUGAUCAGCAGGUGGUUAACUCUUCACUGUUGAUUUUUAUAUAUAAUUUCUUGUAAGUCAUGACUAAUGUUAAUAUAUACUGUACCAGGUGAAUUAUAUUGUUAACAAGUAUUCUUGUGAAUCUAAUAAAGAUGGUACUGUUUCAUUUGA